UACUCACCUCCACUUGAUCCCAUGUCCAGCCAUCCUGAAAUCUAUAACUAUUAUGGUGAAUUUGAGAAUCAAAAUAAUUUCAAUAUUAAUGUGACUGAUUUCCCUUUGCCUGAAUUACCAUACUUUAAUAAUAACUUCGUUUAUGGUCAACAUUCAAACAGUCCUGAUGACAGUUACAAUCUAACCUCACUCAACAACCAAUUGGUGGUAAGUGAUAGACCAACUUUAACUCCCAACCACAACCAACUUGAAACACCAAUCCCGCCUUCAUCUUAUGUAUCAACUUCUUCAUUAUCAUCUGAUUAUUAUCAUCGACCACUUUCCACAACAAGUCUUGACUCAUUGGAUGCUUCACGAUCAAUUGGUGGCUGUAAACACGAUCUAAUCAAAGCAACACUCAGCUUUGCAAUCAAAAGCCGUCGACGGUCUUUGGGUUUAGGCGAUAUUGAAGUGAACCAAGCUAAAAAUCAAGAUCCUCGUCCCUCAAGCUGGACCGAUGAAGACGAUGAAAAGAAAAUGUCUCGCAGAGAAAGGAAUCGAAUUGCUGCUAGAAAAUGUCGCAAAAAUCGUAAACUGAAAUUCAUUGGAUUAAAUAAGACAAUGGAGAAUCUGGAUAAUGCCAAUACCAAUUUAAAGGAACAGCUGAAAAAAUUGAAAAGGGAAAGCGAUCAACUUGAAGAUCUGUUAACUUCUCAUCAAUCUCAAUGUUAUUUUAUUUCCUGGUCCCCUCAACCAACCCUCAAUUCAACAGCAGCAUCAUUAUCACCAUCUCCUCAACUGUCCCAUCAAUCACAAUCCUUGUCAUCUUCAAUAUCGUCAUUGCUUUCAACAUCAUCGUCGCCCUCGCCUUCACUUCUCACCAAUAACCAUUCGAGUUCAGACGAAUCUCACGGAUUUUUUUCUUAUAUCAACCCAUACCAAUCUGGCAUAUUGCUUGGUUAGCUUAUCCUGACCCUGAUCUUGAUCGCCUGGAAAGUCGCUUUUAAAUUGACGCAAUUGAUGAUACGCUAUAAUCUAUGUAAAUCUCGUAAAUCAAUGUAAAACAACAAAAAAAAGUACAAGCUUCAAAUCAAAUAAUCAUUUUAUACGCUUUGAUAUAGCUUUGUAAUAUUUAUGAUUUACAAAUAAUUUACUUGAUGAUUCAAUCUUUUCAUUGGAUUCUCAUAUUAAAAUAUCCAAAACGGCCAAUA